AUGUUUGGAAUUAGAACACCAACUAAACCGACACAAUCACCCUCUAAAACAGGAAGUGAAAUUUCAAAAGUAAGACGCAGCAUAGAUGACUGGGAAUCUAACAUUGAUUCAACCCCAUCCAUGACUACCACGACAAUGCAGGCAGGUACUGCUAAAACAAAACCAACGGUAUCAGUGCUACAAAACAGUAAAACCACGCAAAAAGUGUCUGUUGAAAUACACACUCCGCCAAAGCAGCAGUAUGAAAAUAGAACAAUGGAAGCAAAGGCCUGUUUAACAAAAGGCAAGCUUCAUCUAAACGCCUCUCGGAAUACGAAAACAGAGAUAAAAAAUGGCGUUGUAGAAGCACUGGAUCGAUUAUAUCAGCUUGUUAAAGAAGCUGAAAUGGAGUUAAAGGCAAAAAAGGCAAAAGGAGAAAAGGAAAAGAGUGCACAAGUUGAACAAGCCCACUAUAAAAUUAUCCAAGCAAACCUCCAGCGCAAAAAAUUAGCAACCCAUGAACUUUUUAUUGAAGCUGAGAAACGUCGAGCUGAUAUAGCACUACUUCAAGAACCAUACGUAGGUGGUGCUAACACGAUGAAAGGUCAAAGAGGCGUGAGGGUUUUUCAAAACUCUAGCCCAGGAGAAGGGACUGUUAAGGCAGCGGUAGCCGUCUUCAACGUUGAUUUUAACAUAAAACAGUACCCAAAACUCACCACAAACAACAUCAUUGUGGUGGGAAUUCAAACUAGAGCUUGGGAAAUAACACUCGUCUCUUAUUACUUCGAGCCAGAUCAGCCCAUAGAACCGUAUAUUGAUCACCUUAAAAAGAUAGAGCAAGAAAUUGGAAGUACAAAGUGGAUUGCUGGAGGUGACGCCAAUUCAAAAAGUACCUGGUGGGGAAGCCCGAUCGUUGACCAUAGAGGAGAAGAAAUCGCAGGAGCUUUCGAGGAGCUGGGUCUGAACAUACUGAAUAGAGGGGACAUUCCGACCUUCGAUACCAUCCGAGGAGGAAAACGAUAUUCCAGCUACGUCGACAUAACAGCCUGCUCGACCGACAUCCUGGACUUGGUAGAUGACUGGACAGUGGACGAGGGUCUUACGAGCUCGGACCACAACGGCAUUAUUUUUAAUAUUCGGCUACAAAAAUCAAAAGGUCUAAGAGUAAACAGAACUACUAGACUGUUUAAUACAAAGAAGGCAAAUUGGCCUAAGUUUCAUGAGAAACUUAACCAAUUGCUGUCAGAAAAUCAAUUUAACAAAUCGGAAAUAGAAAAUAUUGAAACCAUUGAACAAAUAGACAUAGCAACAGAUAAAUUAACAAUAUCCAUAACAGACACUUGCAAGCAAACAAUGCCAACCAAAAAAGCUACAGAAGAACUUACCUUGCCGUGGUGGUCCGAUAAGCUCAACAAGAUGAAAAAAGAAGUCACUACCAUGAAACGAAGGAUCAAAUGUGCUGCCCUGGUCCGUAGACAGAAGGUCGUAGAAGAGUACCUGGAACAAAAAGAGAGGUAUGAGUCAGAAGCUAUUAAAGCCCAGAUCGAGAGCUGGAAAUACUUUUGCUGCAAGCAGGAUAAGGAGGGGGUCUGGGAAGGUAUCUAUAGGGUAAUUGGGAGAACAACGCGCAGGGACGAGGACCAGCCACUGGAAAUCAAUAAGGUAGUGUUAGACGCAAAAGGUUCCGUGAAGUUAUUGGCGGAAACGUUCUUUCCGGAAGACUUAACAGACAGCGAAAACACUUACCAUCGCCACGUAAGAAUAAAAGCUGACAAAGUGAACUCUGCUGAGCAAGAUGACCUGUGUGAUCCCCUGUUCACAAUGUUAGAAUUGAAACAGGCGUAUCGAUCCUUCAACCCGAAAAAGGCCCCAGGAGCGGACGGUUUCACAGCUGAUAUAUGUCUACACGCUAUAGAAAGCAACCCCGAGUUAUUCUUGGCCUUCCUUAAUAAAUGUUUAACUCUACAACACUUCCCGAAAACCUGGAAAAUCGCGACAGUCAUAGUGCUUAAAAAACCAGGGAAAGUAGAUUACACCAUGCCGAAAGCGUACAGGCCCAUUGGACUACUACCUGUACUAGGAAAGAUCUUUGAGAAAAUGCUGGUGAACCGCCUCAAAUUUCACCUUUUGCCAAGGAUAAGUACUCGCCAGUACGGGUUCAUGCCACAGAGAAGCACCGAAGACGCCCUCUAUGUACUAAUGCAGUUCAUUCACAUGAAGCUGAAUCAAAAGAAAAUUAUAGCGCUAGUAUCAUUGGACAUCGAGGGAGCUUUUGAUAGCGCCUGGUGGCCAGCCAUACGAGUCCGACUGGCUGAGGAAAGGUGUCCGCUUAACUUGAGGAGGGUCAUAGAUAGUUAUCUCAAAGACAGGAAAGUCGUAGUCAGGUACGCUGGAGAGGAAUAUGCUAAAGGUACAAGCAGAGGUUGUGUCCAGGGAUCCAUUGGAGGCCCAAUCCUAUGGAAUCUUCUGCUAGACCCUCUCUUGAAAAGUCUCGAAUGCAGGGGAGAUUAUUGUCAGGCGUUUGCGGACGACGUCGUAUUAGUCUUCGACGGCGACACAGCACACGAAGUGGAGCGACGUGCCAAUGCCACUCUAGAACAUGUCUGUGCGUGGGGUGUUGAAAAUAAAUUGAAGUUUGCGCCACACAAGACGAACGCGAUGAUAAUAACAAGAAAACUGAAACACGAUGUACCACGCCUCAACAUGGGAGGUACUGCAAUUGGCAUGUCAAAAGAAAUAAAGCUACUUGGGUUUACAAUUGACGAAAAGCUUACUUUUAACACCCAUGUAUCGAAUGUGUGUAAGAAGGCAAUCGGCAUCUACAAACAACUAUGCAAAGCGGCGAAGGUUAGUUGGGGACUCCAUCCGGAAGUGAUAAGAGUGAUAUAUCUCGCGACCGUAGAGCCUAUUAUACUUUACGCUGCUAGCGUUUGGGCACAGGCUGCAAAAAAGCUGGGGAUAAUAAAACAACUCGCCGUAGUCCAGCGCGGUAUCGCGCAAAAACUAUGCAAAGCCUACCGAACGGUCUCUCUGAAUUCGGCGCUAGUACUGGCUGGAAUACUCCCCCUGGACCUCCGAGUCCGUGAGGCUGCUUUAUUAUAUGAAGCCAAGAGGGGGCUGCCACAGCCAGUGUUGGCGGGAAGAGAGGUCGAGAGAAUGGCUUCAGCUUUUGAGGGCCCACACCCUGCUGAGCGCCUGGAAUUAGGAAUUAUUUGUUUGGUAAACGAGGAGCAGGUGAACAAACACAGCGAAAUAAACGUCCACAUAUUUACUGACGGGAGCAAGAUUGAAGGCAAGGUUGGCGCCGCCCUUUCCGAAUGGAAAAACAAGACCGAAAAUAAAGCCCUCAAACUUGCUCUACCAACAUACUGCACAGUUUACCAAGCCGAGCUCCUGGCCAUUUGCAGGGCGACUGGACAAAUCCUCAAGCACAGAGCGUCCUCCUUUGGAAUUUACAGCGACUCAAUGGCGGCCCUUCAAACGAUCAUAAAUCCAAACUGCCUUCACCCGUUAGCCGUGGAAUGUAGAGAUAAUUUAAGAGCAAUAUCUCUCCAAAGCAAAGUAGUAACUUUGUUUUGGAUUAAAGCCCACGCGGGCUUAGAGGGGAAUGAACGAGCAGACAGACUAGCAAAAGAGGCCGCAAAAAAUUCCAAAGUGAGACCGGAUUACGAUCUUUGCCCGGUUUCAUUCGUCAAGCGAAGCAUCCGUAUGGCAACGCUAGACAAAUGGAACCAAAGAUACCAGACUGGCGAAACAGGAAAGAUCACGAAGCUGUUUUUCCCAGACGCGAAAGUGGCCUACCGAAUAAUAAGAAAAUUUGAAGCAAGCAGCGAGACUACUCAAGUCAUGACAGGGCAUGGUGGAUUUUCUGAAUACUUACACCGCUUUAAGUGUAAAGAGAAUCCAUCGUGCAUUUGCGACCGCGAUGCUGAAGAAACUGUGCCACACAUUUUGCUGGAUUGUCCCGCAUACGCCGCAGAGCGCCUGAAAAUAGAAAACGAAAUUGAAUUAAAAUUAAUUAAGGAGAAUAUAAAUAUCAUAAUGAUGAGUAAAUACAGAGAAAAAUUUAUGAGUUAUUGUUUGAAAAUUGCAAAAAGAGUAAUAAAUAGGAAUAAAACUGUUUAA